AUGACCAAAGCAAUCACAGUAUUGAUGACCCUCCUGUGUACCGCAUUCGCCCAGAUCGACAGAACCUGUAUCGACAUUGCCUUCAACUCUGAAACAAACACGUUAUCGGGUAAAUGCCAGCCUCGUGAUAACUCAGGCUACAUCCCGUCCGAGUUGGACCUCAAUGACUGUUUCGGGUACGAUGGCACCAACAUUACACCAACCUACCAUGGAAACUUUGCUGAAAGCUGUCACGGAUGCGAGAUGUUUGUAGCGCCUGAUCCGUGGUAUGGUGGUGCAGAGUACUGGAUCAGGUGCACUUGUAAGGGGCAGAGUGGAAAGGUCGCUGUUCCUCUUGAAGCCGCUGUUGCACAUGAGUAUACUUUCUCAGCUCGGGAGUUCAAGGGCUUAUGCUUACUCAGCCCUUAUCUCAGCAAACUCUACCUACGUUUUCACUAUUUCGGGAAUAAUAAUGGCGCUUUCCGGGACGCACUCAGAAACGCUGAUAUCAAGGUAAUGGAACGAUGUGCCCAGCUUGGAGCUGCACCUGAUACGAGAUGGGAGCUACCUGAAGCCGACGGCUGUCGGUGCCUGUCUGAGCGUCGGCAUACCCACCACAGGCCUAUCGACGAGCUAUUGGAGAGCGUCUACUUGGGCGAAGCCCCAAUUGACAAGAGCGUCGACGCUUUGAAGUGGCUUCUGGGAAGGAAGUUUGACAUGACAGAGCAGAGAGAUCAGCCCUGGUACGACGCAAACGACUAUUGCGAUCAUGUCCCUGAAUUUCUUAUCACUAUCUUGAACAAGAGCCCUGAUCGUGUCCGCACAGAAGGCAUAUGCCAGAUGAUCAAAUUGCUGCACAGCUAUGAUUACUCGCUCCCUUUCCACAUGAACUUUGCGUCCUAUUUGGGUCGAGACUGGGAAGAUAUUGGACUUCCAGGUCCUCUCUCAGGGCCUCUAGACGUGGCUCUACGCUCUCAUUGUCCACCUUACCUUCUUGAGCUUGCCCUUCGAGAUUAUAUGCGCCGCCUCGUAGAAUUCGGCGUUGCUUAUCUGGGGGGCUCUCCUCUCAUGCAAAGUGAAGCUGCAGACGUGUUGGAGCAGAAGAUCGAGGUUCUUAUCAAGUAUCAAGUGCUCAACCAGCUUGAAGAGACCAUGCUAAGAGGCAUCGUGGAGUCUAUGCGAUCCAUGACUACUCCUACAAAGGCUAGCAACUUUGGCGUAGUCGAUGAUGGGGAUUCUCUGUGCUGCUGGGAAACGCUAUACAGUGCGAUCCUCCCUUUCAAGACUAUUGAAGAACAUUGGAUUUUGGACGACUGGGAUCUCAUUGAUCCAACCAUUUCCUGUUGUCUUCCUCAUGAAUGCCAUCGUUUCAACAUUGACCCCGACUGCAAUGUUUACAAGAUGUAUCACGACUAUCAGAUGCAGAACGACCAGAUUAGGCCGACGUUGAACCGUCCGUGGGGUAGCGAGGGGGUUGUAAAGAGAGAGGAUGGAAAGUGGGUACAUCGCGAACGGAGUCGUUUGUUUCAUAGCAACGAUUAUACAGGUCUAGGAAUGGUAGGAAUGGUAGGGGGAGACUUUUCGAGAUUACCAAGCUGGACUGAGGGCUGCAGCUACGCGGAUAUUGAGAAGGCUGUAUUGGCGCCUUUGCCAGAAGACUACGAGACAGCCAAAGCCUUGUUGGACGAACCCGAGCCUGAAUAUCAUCUGUCACACUCGGGAGCUGCAUGCUCUCGUGGCAAAGUUGGCCCUCACAAUGUCGUCCUGGUCGGAAAAGCUGAGGACAUGCUCAAUGUUUCUACUUUUGUCAAAGACACAGUCGACGAUGUACUCGAAGCCUUCCCAUCUAUUCGAACGGGCUUUUUGAUUGGAAUCGAUGGUACAGCACCUGAGGAGAGCCUUGCAAAACCAGGCGAUAUCGUCGUGGGAUUUCCGCAAGGCUUUCAACCUGGGCUAGUUCAGUUCGAUGUAGAUGAGACAACUAUCUCUAAUCGCAUCUCAACGACUUUUGAAAUGAGCCAUCCACCCUCUUGUAUCAAGUCCGUCUUCAAUACCAUCCAAUCCCCGGAGGGUCGUCGGCACUGGGGCGAAUAUCUGCAACAUCAAUCAUCUCGAGCAGAGCUUGCCUCCACAAAGGACUGCCAGCCGCUUAAACAAGAUCCCAGUAAACCAAACAAAAUCUUACGGGGCAUAGUAGCAUCGUCUGCUCGUCUCUUAUCUGAUCGUGAUUUGACCAACAAGGUCGGAAGCGACAGCAAGAUCAUGUGUUUCGAACGAGCAGCUGCCAAAUGGCCACAGUCAUAUAUGCCAUGUUUGUCUCGCAUCGAAUCAGUGCUGUCCAACUCAAAGAAGAACAUGCCUUUACAGCUCUAUUUCAAUACGAUCGAUUUGAUCUGGACCGUCCUGGAUUUCGACUGGUACGCCUUGAAAAAGGCGUUCAAUCUCAAUUGA